GCGUUGAUUGACAGGUGGAGGGAAGCGGGUGUACUGUGCGCCACAGCGGAGGAGCGCAACUCUCUCCUCCGAACCACAGGCUCUCUGCCUGCUGCAAGACGAAGGAGCGAAGGAGGGAAGGAAGGAAGGAGGAGGUUGUGGCCGUGCUGUGCGUUUUCUACCGGAGCCGUUUUUGUCCGUCUUGUGGAAGUGGAGUGGAGGAGCAAAAGACUGCUUUCUUUUUGGAUUGGAGUAAAAGGACUUUUGGAUCGGGUGUAAUUUGGCUGGAAUUCAGCACCACAACAUCACGGAAUAAUCACCCAGGAAAUUAAGUUCUAUUCAGCAGAAGUUCUAGCGUCAUUCUCUUCCGAUGGAGUAGGCUGCGGACUUGCACGGUGGAUGUGUUCGCUUUGGACCGGAGCCUGCAGGUGGAUGUAAUGCGCAGAUUCUCCGUGGGACGCUGACCGGCCGAUGGGGGAACCAUGAACACCUCUUCCGAACUCGAAGAUGGGACUCGCCACAAAAACCAGACGUUCUGCGAGUGUGUGCCCGGGUCCUCGCAGCUCAAACAUCGCUGGUCCGACUCAGAAAGUACCAGGGAGACCCCGGCCAAGAGGAUGAGCUGCAGCUACCUGCUCUGCACCAUCCUGCUCUUCGUGGCCGUCCUGCUGGCCGUCACCGUGACCGGCACCAUCCUCUUCAUGAACCACAACCAGGCGCCACCCAUGUCGGACGGCAUCCCGCACAUUUCCACCAACCAGGACGAGGCCAACGCCCUUGUGACGGUGGAGCGAGGCGACGGCUCCCGCAUCAACAUCUUCAUCGACCCCAACUGUCCAGACUACAGUACCAACUUUUUGCGCCUGGAAGGGGUGCAGACCUCGCUGCUGCACUCGCUCACGGACCACGACUCGGAUCUGAAGUCGGUGAAAGGCCAGGACCGGGCUCUUCUCGUCAGUCUGGCCGAGGAAGUGGCCAAGCUGUCUGCCCACGCCGGACAGCUGAAGAUGGACUACGAGUCUCUGCGUAGGGGGCAAGGCAGCCUGGGCCAAGACCUCAACACCCUGCAGGCCGAGCAAGGGCGCCUCAUACAGCUGCUGUCGGACAGCCAGAUCAACAUGGUGAAGGUGGUCAACUCGGUGAGCGACGCUCUGAACGCCAUGCAGAAGGAGAACGUGGGCCUGAAGGCGCGCGCCAAGGCCGACCUGCAGAGAGCGCCGGCGAGGGGCGCCCGCUUCAAAGGCUGCGCCAACGGCUCGCGUCCUCGUGACUGCGGCGACCUGUACGCCAGCGGCCAGCGGGAAGACGGCAUCUACUCAGUGUUUCCCAUCCACCAUCCCACGGGAUUCCAAGUCUACUGCGACAUGACCACAGACGGAGGCGGCUGGACGGUGAUCCAGCGCCGGGAGGACGGCUCCGUUAACUUCUUCAGGGGAUGGGAGUCCUACCGCGAGGGAUUUGGGAAGAUCACCGGCGAACACUGGCUGGGUCUGAAGCAAAUCCACGCCCUGUCCAUCCAGGGUAACUACGAGCUGCGCAUCGAUUUGGAGGACUUUGAGAACGGCACGGCGUACGCCCAGUAUGCCACCUUUGGCGUGGGUCUCUUCUCGGUGGACCCGGAUGACGACGGCUACCCGUUGACCGUGGGGGACUAUUCAGGCAAUGCAGGCGACUCCCUCCUGAAGCACAACGGCAUGAAGUUCACCACCAAGGACCGCGACAACGACCACUCGGAGAACAACUGCGCCUCCUUCUACCACGGCGCCUGGUGGUACCGCAACUGCCACACGUCCAACCUGAACGGGCAGUACCUGCGCGGACAGCACACGUCCUACGCCGACGGUAUCGAGUGGUCCUCGUGGACGGGCUGGCAGUACUCGCUCAAGUUCUCCGAGAUGAAGAUCCGGCCCACGCGCGACCUGGAGAGCAAAUGAAGGCCGAGCGGGAGAGGACGCUUUGCAAGACGCCGACGAGCUUGAAGGACUUUGUUUUUAUUACGCUAUUUUUUUUUGUCUCCGUUCCCUUUUCUUCAUAAAAAAGUCUCAUUUGGGGGGGGGGAUGAAAGGCGCUAACUUGGCCCAAAGCAAUGCGAUUCUCACCCCCACCUCUCACGCUCACUUUCAGUUCAACCUGCAAGCUUGGGUUCUCCUUUGCUAAGCUCCUUGACGAGCUUCCAUCGUGUGUCAGUGAGACGCGACGGCGGGGGGGUGGGGGGACUUUGGCUUCUGAUAAUGAGUACAAGAAUCACAGGAAGUGGAGGUGAAUGAGGUGAGAAGACGCCAAAGAGGAGACAAUGGAGGAUCUCAUUGCUCCAAGUUGGGCCAUGAGGGAGCACGUUGGCCGCUUUGUCUGAACCGCCUGCCAGCUGAGUUGCUGCCAACCGAUGUGGCGUGCACAGAUGGUAACCCAGCACUGUGUGUGUGUGUGUGUGUGUGCACGUGAACCAAAAGUUUGUUUACGGACAAAAAAAAACCUUUCUCUUUGUGUGACAUGCUAUGAGUACGCGCCGUACACGUGAGCCAACACAAACGUCGCCUUUUUUUCCUUUUACGGCUGUCGCUGCAAAUGAAGACGUCUCCCCAGGAAGAAUCCUACCAUGUGUGCAUAAAGCACACAAACAAAAAAACUCUAAAUAAAUAUAUAUAAAUACAUAUAUAAAGAAAAAUAAUGUUAUAUAUAGAAAGAAAAAAACUUCAAAAAUGGAAGAUUUUUACGUCUUUUUAUUUCUGUUGGUGAAUAAUUUUUUUGGAUGUACCAGAAGCUUUAAAAAAAAAAACAAGCAAAAAAAAAAAAGAAGUGUAGAUUUUCCUGUACAGCGUGUAUGACUUUUAGAGCAUGUCACUAUGUUUUCUUACAAUGCUACAACACAUGCAAGGAAAAAAGAAAUCCAAAUAAAGCGGCGGGACAGUCGAAGAAGAGAAGAGGACUGACGCAGAGCUGGCUGGAUUUUGUUCCCGGAACGAAAACGAACAAACGACAGACUUUGCAAGAAAAUGCGUUUGACUCUGCAUGGCUGGACUCGUGCUCAAAGCCUCCACCUAGUGGCCAGCUGGGGUGUAGCACAGAGCAAUGACUUGUAUUCAUUCCUGCCGUCUUUCUUCGCUGUAAACCUGCCCCCUACUGACCCCUCCCCCCCAAAGCACAGAGGCGUGUCCCAUAUUAAAACACACACACACCCCACACCCCCUUAGCUGAUGUGUUUUAUGGCGUGAGGAUGCAACAAACAUCAACGUAAAGCCACUCGAGAGGCAGCGGCUGGACUGCGUGUGUGUGCGCGUGUGCGUGUGCGUGUGCAAACGUUCAUACGAUGACAGGAAGACGAAGGCUCCUUCCACACGCACACGGGGAUUUUGUUGCUUUUGAGACUGCAUUUUUCUCCAGUUUGGGGUUUAAAAGCGUCACAAUGACGGUGGAAGCACAUUUGCAGGCUGCCAAGUGCAUGCCAGAGCAACAGGUGGCGCCGUAACCCCAAACUGCCAGGAUUGAAAGCCGGAAAAAAGUCGUUUCUGGGAAAUCCAAGCUGAUCCACUUGAUUUAUGAAGCACAUUUUACAAACACGGUUUCCAAAGUGCUGCACAAACCAGUAAAACAAUCAAUAUUAAGAAGUAAAAGACCUUUAAGACAUUUCAAACAACAAUAAAAACAAUAAAUAAGAGAAACCAAAACUCAACCAUGUUCAUUUAAUAUUUAAAAAUAUAUAUUUUUCUACUAAAAUCUACUAAAAUUGCCUCCAAAACACGCACUAUAAAUGCUUUCUUCAUGGAAAUACCACUAUGACUACUGCUAAUGCUACUGCUAAUAAGAAGAAAACACAUUUUUAUCCUGUGGCUUCUAACUGGGAGUGAGUCAUGGGGUCCUUUUGCGUCUUUUAGUGUUUAUUGUGAUGCUCCGAUCAAUCUGCCACCGAUCAAUACCGGCCGAUUUACGUAAAAAACGUGAUAAAUGUGCCGACUAAACCUCAACGGCUUCAGUUUGGAAUCUUGCCACCGGCUACGCCGACCCAUGCCAGCGUGUUUGCCCGCUCCCUCAUCAAUCCUAUCGACGUUUGGACUUUUGACUUUUGCCACACUUUGCCUGUCACUGGCGGCAGCGAGCUAGCUAGCUAGAGUUACCCGCUUAGCUUCUGGUCUUCGGACUCCAAAUGAAACUUCUUUUUUUUUUUACCACAGUGACAUUUUGUUUUUUAAACAAGCAAGCAGUGAGGUUAGUUUGGAGCUCGUUUUUGUCCCACGGGGAAGUGGAUGGGGUACGUACUAACUUUUUCGGGUGUCACUGAGCAAUUUUGCUCUCUUGUUAUGAAACUAAUGAUGUCUUGUCCUCCAAACACUAUUUAUUAUUAUUAUUAUUUAUUUGUAUGAUUUCAUUCUGUUGAUUAGCACGGAGCAUUCGAGUUACAUUGUAAAAAAUAAAAAAAUAACAAAUCUGAGAUUUUGAGAAUAAAGUCAACAAAGUCGUAAACGUACGAGAAAAAAGUCGAAAUAUUACGAGAGUAAAGUCCGACAUUCACAAGGAAAACUUUGACAAGAAUUUACAAGAACGUUUCCUCACUUUUUUGUCGUAAAUGUUUGACUUUGUUCUCGUAAAUUUGACUUUUUUUCUUGUAAAUUUACGACUUUAUUCUCGAAAGCUCAGAUUUGUUAUUUUUUAUUUGGCAACGUGGCUCGUCUACUCCGUUGUAGUUCAUUUUGUUAUCUUGAAACUGUUGAACAAUUGAUUUGGCAUUACGCCCAAACAUGCAACGAAUGACAUUCAGGUAAGCACAUGGAGAAAUGUACAGUUGGUCCAUGCGAGUGACGUCGGUAUCGGCCGAUCUCACCCAUGGGUGGUCGGUAUCAGCAUGAAACCCUGACCGCGGUUCAGCAUUCUUAUUUUUGGUAUUCAGUUGCUGCUUUGCAUGCAGUGUUUUUAUUUGAUUUACUACUUUUUAUUGUACUCAUUCAAACUUACUUUUUAGAAAUAAUUUAUUGCUUUAUAAUUUAGUGCAGCGCUUUGGAAACUGUGAUUCUAAAAUACGCCAGAGAAAUAAAGUGGAUUGGAUCGGACUAAUAAUAAUAAUAAUAAUAAUAAUAAUAAUAAUAAUAAUAAUAAUAAUAAUAAUAAUAAUAAUAACAAUGAUAAUAAUAAUGAUAAUGAUAAUAAGAAUAAGAAUGAUAAUAAUAAUAAUAAUGGUGAUAAGAAGAAUAAGAAUGAUGAUAAUAAUAAUAAUAAUAAUAAUAAUAAUACCAAAUACGUGACAUUUAUUUGUUAUUUUACAACAUUUUUUAGCCCUAUUUAAAAAAAAAAAAGAAAAAAGAUGUACGUGUGGGCGUGGCCUCAGUCCUCCUCUGCCUGUCCGGGUCAUGUGAUGCUUCUGUACAAUUAGCCCCGCCCCCCCGCUGCUCUUUGUGUUGAAGGAUUUCCACGUAGUUAGACGAGCUUUUACUUAUCGUGAUCGUGAACCCAAUGGAGUGGACGCCACCUACUGGGACUGUGUUGAACUGCGCUUGUACCCCCCCAUGUUGUGCUUCUUGUUGAUGCUUUGUUAGAUCCCCCCCCGCCCCCCCAACCUGUUUAAUUGAGUUUUUGGCUGAGUGAUAGCCUUGAUCCUGCUCAUUACCAAGAAGCCACCCCCAAGACCGCCCCCAGAUAGCUGCAUCCUUAUUUACUCGCCUCGUCACCCCACCAGCUCAGAAACCUUCCCUCCUUACUUGCUUCCGUACUUCCUUCCUUCCUUCCUCGUUCCUAUCGCUCAGCUUUUUUCGGUGGUCCGAGCAGCGCAGCGCUAACUUUCUCUCCUUUUUUUUUCUUUCGUUUCCCGUGAAGAUUGUUACUUGGCUGAAUCCUGAUUCUGUGUUUUAAUGUUCUUGUCAGCAUUUAAUAAACGUUCACAUUUUAUAAAUGGGGAGGGGCCUCGAGGGUCU